AGUUCCGACCCGGACCCGUACGCUGCUACGCUGACGUGGCUCCCGGAAGUAAGGCUGGCGUAGGGCCGCCAUGUUGCAGCAGGAUAGUAAUGAUGACACUAAAGAUGUUUCACUGUUUGAUGUGGAAGAGGAGACGACCAAUAGACCAAGAAAAGUCAAAAUCAGACAUCCAGUAGCAUCGUUUUUCCACUUACUCUUUCGAGUCAGUGCAAUCGUCGUCCAUCUUCUUUGUGAGUUGCUCAGCAGCAGCUUUAUUUCCUGUAUGGUAACAAUUAUCUUGUUGUUGUCAUGUGACUUUUGGGCAGUGAAGAAUGUCACAGGUAGACUAAUGGUUGGCCUACGUUGGUGGAAUCACAGUGAAGAUGGAAAGAGCCAUUGGGUGUUUGAAUCUAGAAAGGAGUCCUCUCAAGAGAAUAAAACUGUGUCAGAGGCUGAAUCAGGAAUCAUUUGGUUGGGACUUAUUGCCUGUCCAGUGCUGUGGGUGAUAUUUGCCUUUAGUGCACUCUUCUCCUUCAGAGUAAAGUGGUUGCCGGUGGUUAUCAUGGGUGUGGUGCUACAAGGUGCCAACCUGUAUGGUUACAUCAGGUGUAAGGUGGGCAGCAGAAAGAAUUUAACCAGCAUGGCUACUUUAUAUUUUGGAAAGCAAUUUUUAAGACAAAACACUGGAGAUGAUCAGACUUCCUGAAUAGAGAAAGCUUAUGUGCUUUGUUACAUUGGGGAACAACUGAAGAGAUAAGUCUUGACUCCGAACUGAACCUUUUAGAGCUUAGUCCAUGUUGCAACGACGAGUGUUGGCUUUGUUUUUCCACUUAAAAACUUUAUUUAUAAAAAGGAAAAAUAGUUUUCAUAUUAAGUUUUUAUUUCCUUUCCAGCAGUUGGGGCGAGAAAGUAUAUGUUGGCACUAGAAACAUUGUCAAGAUUUGUUCUGUGGUGUAGGUAUGCACAUUCCGUAGGUAUGCACACAGCCAUGUAAUAUCAGUAUAUCCCAAGUUAAUGAAAGUGUUCAUUUACAUAGGUAAUGGAGACCUUUGCAUUUUGAUCCAUAGAACAUAGGAUGUUCUUAAUCUGUCUCAAAGCUCUGUAUGUUUACAUAUUAUUUCUGUAGAUUGUUUUCAGGAGAAAGUUUUGCUUCCAUGGUAAGAGUGAGCACUUUGGCUUCUGUAUAAGUUAGAAAUAAUUGUUAGUUUUUAAUAUGUACUUCGUGGGGAAAUUUCUUAGAUGUGUGCAAGCAAGUGAAAACAAUUAGGGCCAGUGGUAUUAACUACUUUAUAAAAUUUUGUUUUUAUUUGUAAGAAGUCAUCUACUUAAGGCCCAGUUAAUAUAGGUGGAAUCAUCGUAGUUUAAGGAAUACCCAGAGAUUGCUGCUGUUCUAUUUAUUUUACAGAAAGCAUAGCUAGACUGAAAGCUCUUCAGUGGACCUUGAGCUAAUAGAUCUUUUACCACUAAAAGAGCAUUGUUCUCAUGUCAUAAUGAGAAUAAGCAUUUACAUACUUGGCAUAAUAAAUGCCUAAAAGACAUUUUAUUUUCUGAAUCUAUUUUUUCUUGCUAUAAUGGGGAUAUUGUAAAUUAUGCAUUUGUAUUAAUGAUAUUUCUUAAAGCAAUCUAUGUAACUGUAAACUAAACCAAUCUACAAACUAUCGUAGGCAUCUGUAAAUUCUGUUGUAGGUAUUAUAAACCUUGUUGAAGUCUUAAUCAGCAGAUUAUGUUGUGAAUAUAUUUGUACAUUGUUAAAAUAGUUUUUAAGAUUAUUUGUUUAAUUGAAUAAGUGUCUUAUUGGAGUGAUAGCUUUGAAAGUGCAAAACUUUAUAUUUGUAUAAAAUUCUACUGUUUACAAGGCAAAAAAAAAAGAAAGCUAGAUUCCGUGAUAUUCUUUAAGCAAGUCACCAAACUAUAUAAAUAGUAUUAUCUGACACAUAUACUUCCUUUGCAUAUUUUAUAUAUAACAUUGGUGGACAAUUCACAAAACAUCUUCUCGAGCCAUAGAAAUCUAACAGUGGUUACCUCUGGGGAGAAGGACUGAAGGUCUGAAGUAGGAUGGAUUAACUUUCACUUUUCUUUUUAAAAUCUCUUUUAUGUUCAUGUAUACUUUAUUUUAACAAAUAAAAGAAAAAUAUAAAACAGGGAUUCUUAAAUCAAGAUACUAACAGUACACAGUGUUCUGUUUGAGUCCCAGGCUCAGAAGGAGACCCUUCAUGAUUUGACUUUCUCCCCUUUGACUGCAAAAUAAACUAUUCACAGCAGAGAACUAUA